AUGGACGAAGGGUUCACAAAUGGCAAAAGCCAUUCGCAGUACCUACAGAAUAUGCUCCAAGGAGGUUCGAGCGAUACGAUUUCGCGUGCAACUUCGCCAGGUCUCGGGUUUGGGGCCAACGGAAUCGAUACCGACAGGGAGAAACGAUACAGGCCCAGAACAUUUCCCUACUUCAAACUAUUACCAUAUAAAGUCGAGGAGGAGACCGAACGUAAUGUGGCGCUGGCAGAAAUUAUCAAGCAGCUUUAUAUUGCUCUCAAGGCCGAAGAUAUUGCACCCGGUGCUGUACACUGGACAAGAGAGCUAAGAGCAUGGCUAAGUCUGAAAUUCGACAUUACUCGUGCGUUGCGUGUGAAGCUUGUUAAGCUCUAUUACAUGCUGUCGUUGGCCCCAGGCUUGGACUUGAGCAAUGGAGAAAGAUUCGAGAGCAUGUUUAGAUUCCUUUUGACUAGAAAAAAGCAUCACCUCAAACCCGGAGCAGAUCUUAUUCUUGAUUGGAGACCACUUUGGAGAGAAAUCAAAGGUCUCGUUCUUCCCCAUGAAAUGGCGGCGCAUCAGGGUAGCCGAAAGCGAAGCCACAAGAACGUUGCGAGCCUUGCAGCUUAUGCAUCGCAGUUUUUUGAUCCCGGUGAAAGAAAGGCUAUGUUCGAGGAGAUUCUACCAUAUUUUAGUACCUCGGAUUGUUCAUACGCAUUCAUUACCCUUGGAGCUCUGAACAUGAUGAUGCCAACUCAGCCAUCAUUGAAUGAAUCGGGCUCACUUCAACAGCCACAAGAUUACUUGCCUACGCUUUUUCAUCUUUGGUCACUUGUCAACCGCUCUAAGAUCUUUGACGUGACAUUUUUAGACAUGUUUUCGAGGCUUGCCCGAGAUUCUAUAGCUAACGAACAUGUUAACUUCUCUGAACAUGGUAUAUUCACAAAGGAACAAUCCGAUCUUAUAUUUACGGCAAUUUUGCGGUUGACCGAGAUACCCGUUGGACAAGCUACCACUCCAUAUAGUCCAAUGGUCGACAUGGCUUCCGGCCUUGGGGUAUAUCUUGAAACAGACAAGAAGCGAACACCCGUCGGAUAUACAAUUGCACGAUGGAUAGUUAUGUCUCUGUCGCCAUUAUCUCUAAACAGCGAAAAUUCUAUUCUGUCAAAUCUUGAGGGGUUGAUACAAUCCAUCGAUACCUUUUUUCAUCCGUCGAACAACGGAAACUGGGCAGAUAUAUUAUCACAGACCGUCUUCCAUCUCGUUGAUUUCUUCCUCUUGCGUUGGAAUCGGGAACAGAGUGGCGAAAUGGACACACCACCCGCGCGACGCAUUACUCCUGAAUUAAAGAAGAGAUUCGUCCUCAUUCUUAAAGACGUAGUUUUCAUGGGAAUCUUUUCCAAAAGAUCAAAGAUUCUCAAUUAUUAUUUUGUUGCACUUCAAGGUUUAGCAAAUCUUGAACCAAACUUAAUCUUGCCAGGAGCAAUGCAAAGAUUUUACCCUUCACUUCAAGGUUUGGUUGAGGUCCAUCGAACCUCUUCAUCUCUUUGUAGUCUUCAAAUGCUCGCCAAUGUUAUGUCAAAACAUAAGGGAUAUCGUUGUCAUAUUACAGCGUUGCUAGCUCUAGCUUUGCCUGGUAUUGAUGCCAACGACUUGUCCAAAACCCAAUAUACUUUGAAUUUUAUACAGGCUGUGGCAUUUAGUAUACCAUUUACGGAUCUCACAAAAAAUCACGAUGGUAUCCAUGACACAUCCCUUGCCAUUCAAUGGGUACAGGGCGAGAUGGAACGACUGGAACGAGAUGGCCCAAAGGUGGAGAUUGACUAUGACACGGAGCUUAGUGAUGAGGACGAAGCCAAUAUCUUGCGAUCUUCCACCGCAGGCUUUGGCGAGUUCGUCUUAGCUCUGCUCGGGAAAGUAUUUACCUUAUUAGAGAAUUUACCUGAACAAAAUCGGCUGCGAACCGGAGCUCCGGAAGAGAACGUGGUCAAUGUUUUACCUAGCGCUCUCACACCUUUGUUUUGUUCCUUGUCACCUGAUCUCUUCGACAUGGCAUUGGAGAAAAUGGCAGCUUUCAUUAAUAGCCACGUUGUCCACCAGGCUAGAGAUGCAAUGGCAUUUAUCGUCAAUUCAAUGUGCAAGGCUAAUCCAGAGAGGACAAUAAAGCUGCUUUUGCCGAUGCUUGUUGUUGGUAUCCGAAACGAGAUUGAUUUCAAUGAUGCUGCAUCCAACAGGAGUGGUGGUUCUGACGUAUUGCCUCGCGAUCGAGCUUUAGUUUGGCAUUUGAGUAUGCUUAGCAUGAUUGUUGUUCAUGUCGGAGAUGCAGUCAUGCCAUAUAAGAAAGAACUUUUUGAUAUAGCUCUUUACAUGCAAGAAAAAUGCUACGGCCUCGCCACAACUCAUGUCUCUAAUUUUAUUCAUCACCUUUUGCUCAAUCUCACCACAAUCUAUCCUGUUGAUACUGCCCUAUAUGAACCAGAAGUUUUUGAGAGAGGUCUUGAUGUCAGCGAUUGGGGUCGCAACACUAAACCAUCCGAAUUAACGAUAAAAUGGCAUGUGCCUUCCUCCGAUGAGAUCGGCCUUGCCGUUGAAAUAUUUGAGUCUCAAGUAAAGACCUCGAUCGAGAAGCUUGACAAUUUAACCAGCGAUUCUCCAGCCGUUUCACGUAAGGGUAAGAACAAAGAGUGGUCAGAUGAAGUUGAAAGAGCUCUCACGCAUAUUCGGUUGAUGAUGUCCGGUGUUUCUGUCCUAUUCGAUCCCAAAGCAGCCUCCGGGAAUUUACAUGGGGAGUUUGAUUCAGACAACGACAUCGCUAUGAAUGGAGAUAACCCCAUGGAAGGUGAUGAUGAUCCUUUAGCGGAAGCUUCCGAAGAUGAGGAAACCAGACCUCAAUUCCAUUAUCGUGCAGGAUACCUUUUGGAGAAAGACAGCCCAGCGUAUGUUCGUAUACACAAACUUCGCGAAGAUGUUGGCCACCUAUAUUGCAAGAUGCACAACUUUCUGAUGACAUAUCAAGAAGAUGAUGUUCCUUGUUUCACCGCGCUUUAUUUGGCAUACAAAUCAUGGAUCACAGAUGUUGGCAAUGAGAAGUCUGCUCAUACCUUGGAACGAAUGAACAAAAUCUACCUCUCAGAGAUUCGGUCUUUCAAAGUUACUGGGCUUAGGAAGGUAUAUCCAAGACCCUUGUUGAUAAAGCGCGCUGGAAGCUAUCACCUACAGCGUUCUAAACACAACGCAUCGGCACGACAGAAGUCGGAUCUUGAUAAGGAACUUCUUUUGAAUCUAGCAACAUCAGCCAUCUCCCAGUAUGCCGAAGUUCGAGUCACGGCUCAGCAAGCUAUGGAGUCAGCUUUGAAGAGCGUUAUUGGCGGUCGACCCCUAGUUGUACCCCAGUUACUAAGUGCCUUUAGAACAGCUUUGGAAACAAAUGAUUUUGACCGGAUCAAGGGGUGUCUUUAUACGUUAUUAUUUGGUAGCCUUACGAAAACAAUCUCCAAAGAUUGGCGGUUUGCGCCAGAGCUGAUUGAUCUAUACAUUAAGUCUGGAUCUGUCGAUAAACCCUCUAUUCAAAAGGUAGGUAAUACUGCCAUGUACGGAGGAUUGAUUGAAUUUGGCAGAAGAAUGGAGACCCUUGUUGUCCUCGACCAAGCUCUUAUUCAAGAAAUAGAACCACAAGAAGAUUGCCACUCCACUAUUAAGACCAGGAACGACUUCAUUAUUGGACGACGUGUUAGAGUGGAAGAAAAGAAGUGGAAGUUAGCAGUGGAGCUUACUGAAUUUGCAAAAACUGCUCACUGGAAGCUUGCCGGGCGUUGUACUUUAUUCAUCAACAAUUUGGGUCUCCGAGUGCAAACACUUGCACCGCCUGAAAUGAUUGAGCUCGCUACGUUAGGAGCCGUCACUGAACAUCCCGGGCUUCGAGCAGCUCAUACUGAAUUCAUGACUCGCAUCCUGAAUCACAUUGAAACUCGUGCUAUUUAUGGCCAUAGCUUCGAGAAGUAUAUUCGCGAAGAGGAACGCCAGCCUAACAAGCUCGAGAUUUCCGUGGAUAAUAAAGACCCCAAGUGGACCAAGAAGUUCUUGGACUCCUUCGCCGAGCCUGGACAGCCAGAAUAUUACUUGGAUCGCGAUUGGCCCGGAUGGCUUGUCUGGGGUAAGAGCUUUUAUGCCAUGCGAGCAGAUCCUAUAGAAUUCACGGAUUUCGAUGAGCUAGAAAUUUCGGCGAGAAAGCAGAUUGGAUCUCUGUUGACUUUAGACUGGUAUCAAAAGUUCUUCAUGUACAUGAAGCAAGAACCAAGAGACACCUCUGCAGAUCGAUUCCGAGUGCAGAACACAACUUUACUAGUUCAAACGUUCGAGUUGAUGCAUUCCGGACUCACUUCAGCCAACUUUGAUGAUAUCAAAGAAGAGGUAAGAAAAGUAUACGAAGAUGGUAGUGACAAACAUCAGCAUCGUGCAACAGCAGAGAUCGUGGCUGGGCUUAUGCUUUCCACAUAUGACUUUCCGAACAAGAAACGUGAUGAGGUUUGGGCUUUCUGUUUACCUAUCAUGUUAAAUGUCUUCUCCGAAGGGUUGACACCAGAAAAUUUGACUUACUGGGUCACCGGUCUUCAUAUGGUUAUCGGUGGAAGAGACCCCAGGUCAUCAAGAGAACUUUUUGAUUUCCUUGUUUCAUUCCGGUUAGAUAUUACCUCCAAUGCAGCCUUUAAGGAUAGUUCCAAGAUUCAGCUCUUGGAUGUUGCUAUCUCUGAUGCUGGUUGGCAUUUCCGCAACGACGAGCCCAUCCUACGAGAUUUCCUGGACCACAUCGACCACCCGUAUAAAGCUGUGAGAGAAGCAAUUGGCCGCGCAACUGCUACCAUAUAUCGUAUGAGAUACUUUGAGGCAUUCAGAGAUGUGGAUACUCUUCUAGAGGCGAACAAGUCGGCUUCUUCCAUUGGUAUCAAACCUUACGAACCCACGGAAGAUUUCUCUUCAACCAUCCGAGACGUCUUUAAGCGACUAGAAGCUUGGCGUGGUCAGCGAAAUCCGGGUGAGCAAACACCAACCUCGUAUACCAAUGGUAGCAAAACUGUAUUGUUAUGGCUUGAUUCCACUCUGCAAUCUUACGAAUGUACCCAGCUUAUUAGUUUCUUCCCAAAUGUAUUUAUGGAGCAACUGUUACAUAUGAUGGAUGUCAAAGAAGAUCCAGAACUCCAACGUCUUGCUUAUCACGUAUAUCGCCACCUUCCCAAUAUCCCGUUCCGUGCUGGUGAAGAUGGUGAGUUUAUCUCGGCCCUCAUCCGUAUUGGCAAGGUAUCCACAUCAUGGCAUCAACGUUUACGAACUUUGAUCAACAUGCAAGUAAUCUAUUUCCGUCGCAUAUUCCUCAUCCGACCCGCCGAGCAACAAGCUCUCUUCACAGCCGUUGCCGAGAUGCUUGAGGACCCACAACUCGAAGUCCGCCUUGGUGCAUCUACUACACUUGCCGGCAUGAUUCGAUGCUCACCCAUCGUUCUUCGCAACAAUAUUCUAUCUACUUUGCGCAUCAAAUUUACACAAGCUCUCAAGAAGAAUCCUAUGCCAAAGAAAGUACAAGGUGUAAGCACACCAGUAAACUCAAAUGCUCAGAUUAUUAAAAGACAUGCCGCUGUUCUCGGAUUGGGUGCCUUGGUUAACGCAUUCCCAUAUGCAACACCACCACCCGAAUGGAUGCCAGAGGUAUUGGCUACUUUGGCAAGUAGGGCUGCAAAUGAUGCUGGUGCAAUUGGAAAGACUGUGAAGAGCGUGUUGGCAGAUUUCAAGAAAACUCGGCAGGAUACUUGGGUAACGGAUCAGAAGUAUUUCACACCCGAACAGUUGGAGGAUUUAGAAGGCGUGCUCUGGAAAUCCUAUUUUGCAUAA